AUGGACGCGGCGUGGGCGUGCGCGGUGGACCGGGCCGCCGGCGCCGCCGACUCCACCAGGCGCUUCUUCCUCUCCUUCCGCCGCCCACCGCCUCCGCCGCCCGGCCCCAGCCCGAUAGACAUCUUGAAGCGUCUUCAGCGACAAGCGUUCCACGACAUAAUGCAGCUGAGGGACAGGCAGGAGAAGGUCGAGAAGGUGCUCACGCUCUUCAAGUCUCACAAAACCGGCCCGUUUGCCGAAGAGAGCACCCGGGUCAAGGGCCUCAUCAAUUUCGCCGGAGCCCUGGCGCUGAGCAGCAAAGAAGGCGCGGAACCAGACGGCUCGGGAGCGAAUUCCGGCAUCAGCUCACAGUUUGCGUUCCGGACCAGUGUCCGGAACAAGGACUCCCUCCUGGCAGAGCUUGCCACCGACUCCAGAUACGUCUAUCAGGAAAACGAUGAUCUCAUGGGGAGCCCUCUCGUGCUGUCGAAGGUGAUGUACGUGGCGAACGUCGGCGGCGACAUGUCUGUUGCUGCGGUGCCCGUAGGGGCAAGGUGUGAUGAUUUUUCGACCGAUCCAAGCAUCCAGGAGGGGCAAUGGGUUCCCAGCUCCCAUUCCUCGCUGAGGCCGCCUCUGCUGCUCAAGCGUCACAGGCGCGCCGCUGGCCUGAUACUGAGGUCGCAGAAUUUCGCAGCAUCUCUCGCCGAGUUGAUCUCAACAGCCGCGAAAAGCAAUGGUGAAGCCAGCAGCAGUGUCUUCACCGGAUUCGGGCAGAUUUCGUGCAAGAUGUGUGACGACAUCAAGCUGACCAUGUCUGCGGCUUGGCACGGGCCGUCUGCGAUACCUCGGAAGAGCAAACCGACCGCCGGAGGGUGCGUCGACUUCGAGCUGAAGUUCGACGAGGACUCGAGAUUUGGGGCCUGGGUCGAGGUGAAGAGGUCGAACCCGAGGCAGCUGAAGUGGGCGGUCACGCUGUCGGACACGCCGGAGAACGAUCUAGGCUGGGGCGUGAGCCUGCGGCGAGGCUCCGAGGGGGCGCCGGAGCGGAUGCAGCUGGAAGGGUUUCUGAACUUGCAUCUAGGCCAGAAUGCUACCCUGCAGCCUGGUGUCAUGUUCAACCUGGACGGGAGGCGAUGCGCCCCGGCGCUCGUGUUCCGGUCGAGUUGGUUCCUGUGA